GAUGAAUCUCUCCAUCGUCUCUCUGUCAUGCAGCUGAACACCUCCUCCUCUUCCUCCUCUUCUUCUCCUCUUCCCGCCACUCUGAGCUCUGUGGAGGACGGAGGCGGCUUCUCUCUGCUGAACGGAGCCGGUAACGGCUCGGUGUCCGGCGGCGGAGCGCCCUCGGCGGGCAGCGCGGCUCUCAUCUCCUCCAUCUACUCGGUGGUGUGUGUGGUCGGUUUGAGCGGGAACUCCAUGGUCAUCUACGUCAUCUUCCGGUACGCUAAGAUGAAGACGGCGACGAACCUGUACAUCCUGAACCUGGCGGUGGCGGACGAGCUGCUGAUGCUGAGCGUGCCGUUCGUCGUCACCGCCGCGCUGCUGCGCCGGUGGCCGUUUGGCGCCGCGCUGUGCCGCCUCGUGCUCAGUGUGGACGCCAUCAACAUGUUCACGAGCAUCUACUGCCUGACGGUGCUCAGUGUGGACCGGUACAUCGCUGUGGUGCACCCGCUGCGGGCGUCCCGGUACCGGCGACCCACCGUGGCCAAGCUGGUGAACGCGUGCGUGUGGAUGUUCUCUCUGCUGGUCAUCCUUCCCAUCAUCCUCUUCUCCUCCACCGCCCCGAACUCUGAUGGCUCGGUGGCCUGUAACAUGCAGAUGCCGGAGCCGGAGCACCGCUGGAUGGCGGUGUUCGCGGUCUACGCCUUCCUGAUGGGCUUCCUGUUUCCGGUGUUGGCCAUCUGCCUGUGCUACGUGCUGAUCCUGAGCCAGCUGCGGGCGGUGGCGCUGCGGGCCGGCUGGCAGCAGCGCAGGAAGUCGGAGAGGAAGAUCACGGUGAUGGUGACGGUGGUGGUGUCGGUGUUCGUGGUGUGCUGGAUGCCCUUCCACGUGGUGCAGCUGGUGGGCGUCUUCCUGCAGCGUCACGACCCCACCCUCAGCCAGCUGGCCGUCGUCCUGGGUUACGCCAACAGCUGCGCCAACCCGGUGCUCUACGGCUUCCUGUCUGACAACUUCCGCCGAUCUUUCCAGAGGAUCCUGUGUAUGCGCUGGAUGGAGGCCCCCGAGGAGCCCCUGGACUACCUGGACUACUACAGCACGGCCCUGCAGAGCCGCAGAGUCAGUCUGGACCAGAACCACCACGAGGACCAGGAGGAGGACAGGACCUGUCCCCCGAGCAACAGCUCCAGGAUGUAGUCUGAGCC